UAUAUAUAUAAGAACGAUGUACAGAGCUUUUAACUUCCAAUAACUCUUUGAUCAGCUAACCAAAAGAACCAGAACCCAUCUCAGAAAUCAUCUCUGUUUUCAACUUCAACUGGAAAUUCAUGUACUCAGAAGCCAUGUCAAACACUGAUCUUGCCCUAUUUGAUUCCAUAAACCAGCAGCUUUUGAAUGAUUCUCUAUUUUCUGAUAUUUUUCCUAGCUUUUCUCAUGAUGCAACUAUUGACGAUUUUAAGUCAAACACUAGCUUCAACAACUCUCUUGAAGAGGACAGAAAAGGGUCAGCGGCGGCGCGUGGGAAGAACGCAUCAGCAGAGUGGACAAGGUAUAGAGGCGUAAGGCGGAGGCCGUGGGGGAAGUUCGCGGCGGAGAUAAGGGACCAGAAGAAAGGGUCAAGAAUUUGGCUGGGAACAUACGAGACACCUGAGGAAGCUGCCAUGGCUUACGACGGAGCUUUUGAAAUAAGAGGUGCCCGGGCUAUGCUCAAUUUUCCACACUUGAUUGGCUCUAACAUGUGUUCGACUCCUCAAACGGUGAGCCCGAAGAGACGUUCACCAGAGCCUUCCGCCUCUUCCUCUCCGAAGAAGAGGAAACUUGCCAAUGCCUCCAUCUAGAUUCUAGCU